CCCUGAUUGCGAAAGCAGUGACGUAGCGGCUCUGCGUCAGCAGCGCGCUGCAGGAAGCGGGAAGCGGCCGAUCGGAGCCGGAGGGCUGAGGUGAUUUUAUUGUAUUGUAUUUGUGCUCUGUGAGCGUCAUGAGUGCGGACGGUAAUGACAGUGAUCUGGAGGUGGAGAGGAUAAUGGAGCGUCCUCCUAGCAGCUACGGCUCCAUGAGGAGUGACGACCGUGAGGAUGAAGAUGAGGAGCUUGAUGACCGUCCACAGCCCACCGCUCACGUCAGCCUGGGCCCUCUGACCAGACCUUCAGUGAUCAGGCUGACCCGCUCCGACUCUCCAGAGACCGGAAUCACAGCGCUCACUCAGGGACAGCAGUCCAGCGUCCACAAAGAGGGAGCGUUCAUCAGUCAGCAGGGGCGAGAGCAGCAGAUGUUAAGGGGUACGGAAGAUACGUUUGAGGAAUAUGGCCUGAGAGACUUGAGGAGGAGGGCGGAGUUUCAGAUGAGGAUGGAGGUGACGUCCAUGGAGCCACAGCAGCCCCCACAGAAUCUCCACCCACCACCGGAGGGCGUCGGCCUACAGUCGGGCGUCGUCCACAUCACUCUGACGCUGUCAUUUGUGUUCAAGGCAAUGCAGCAGAGUCUGUCUAAGCUGAAUCCUGCGGAGCUGGUCUGGUUUAAACGCAGUCUGUGCAGUCAGUACAAGAACAAAUUUGAGUUGUCCCAGCUAGAGGAGUGCGAUGUGCUGGACGUUGUUGACCGGCUGUUGGAACGGCGCAGCAAAGGAGAGGCAGUGCACCUGACCAUCCGAACGCUGCAGGACAUCAACAAACGACCCAUCGCUGAUGAGCUGGAGACUGUCUGCAAGAGAGCUGUGGUCCAGUAUCAUUUGAGGAACAGCCAUAUAAGGCGAUAUUAUAACCUGUACGAGGGUACCUGUCGGCCUGGUCAGCAGCGCUUCGUGAGCGACGUCUACGCAGAGCCACCCAUGUUCAUCGGCGGGGACUGGGACAUAAACACAGAGCAUGAGGUCCACAGGCCCAAUUUCCCCAGCAACCAGGGAACCCCCAUCAGGGCAAGUGACAUCUUCCGUCCUAUGGAAGGUGACAUGCGAGUCCGGACUGUCCUGAUGACAGGAGUUCCAGCCAUCGGGCUGACUGUGGCCGUGCAGAAGUUCAUCAUGGACUGGACGGACGAGCACGCUAACCAGGACCUCCAGUUUGUCUUCUCUCUACCUGGCCGAGAGUUGCACUUGGUCAAAGACACAGAGCAGAACUUCUUGGAGAUGCUCACAAGCUUCUACCCAGAGACAAAGAAUGUUGACUUUCUGGGUAAUGAGGACUGUCCCAUCCUUUUUAUUAUUGAUGCUUUAGAGCUUUGCAGGCAACCCCUGAACUUCAAGGGCAAUCCGGAUAUCAGUGACCUGAUGGAGAAAGCCUGUGCAGAUGCCCUCUUGACCAGCUUGAUCAAGGGUACCCUGCUGCCUCACGCUAGGAUAUGGAUCACAUGUCACCGGGUUGCAGCCAGCAAGAUCCCUUUUCAGUAUGUCAGCAGGUUCAUUGACCUGAAAGGAUUUACUGAUGCGAAGAAGGAUGAGUACUUCACCAAGAGGACUAAAGAUCCUGCACUGGGUGUCCGGGUGCUUGAGCAUAUCAAGAAAUCUCCGGCCCUCUACAACAUCUGCCAGUUACCUCUUCUUUGCUGGAUUGUGGCCUUCAUCUAUGAAAGGCGCUUCCAUAGUCCGGACUACACGGAACAUCUACCAGCAAUCACCACUUUCUACACUCAGUAUAUGAUCGUGCAGACGAAUCGCAAGAUCGAGCGCUACGUUGGGACGGGCUUGGAAGCAUCCCGCUGGAAGGAUAAAGACAAGGAUUUUCUGACCUGUAUGGGCAAACUCGCACUGAAGAUGGUGCUGGAGGAGAGAGACGUUUUCUACGAGAAUGAGGUGUCUGAUCUAGGGCUAGACCUGGAUGAUGUGACCAAUCGGGGUGGGAUUUCUACUGAAGUGAGGCGAGCAUGCGGGUACACGCGAGGUGAGCAGGGAUUAAGCUUUGUUCACUACAGUAUGCAGGAGUUCAUGGCAGCCAUGUACACGUAUGUGACGUUUAGGGUUAAGGGUAAGAAUGUCUUCGAGCAGCAGAUCAAGAACAAGGUGGCCAAGCUGAUGAAGGACAGACCCGUUGUUGAUCUCUACAAGCUGGCCGUGGACCGAGCCUUGGCCAGCCGCAGCGGGCACCUGGACAUGUUCCUACGCUUCCUGUUUGGCUUUGUUACACCUGGGACGGAAGCACAUCUGCGUGGAUACUUGCUGCCUCAGUACCACCCACCGCCCAAGGGCAUGGACGACGUUGUGAAGUACGUGAACAAGAAGAUCAAGGAGAAUGCUUCACCUGAAAGGUGCAGGAACCUUGGAUGGUGCCUCAUCGAGCUGGAGGAGGGCAAGAAUCAGAGAUGACAAAGUGAGAAAUGACAGAACAGGAAAGUGCGAUGUUCUGUGGAUGGUUUGUGUUUAUGUGCAAGAGGAGAAAAAGGAUUCCUGAGUGCUGCUUUAGAGAAAGACCUUGGCUGCUCAGUUCCAGUUUUGCUCACUACAUGUCCUAGUCCUGGUCUCCAAAGAUCAGCAUGGGAAAGAAUCUUAUUGCCUUUUACCAGUGCACCAUACCAACCAAUGUUGGCGAAAAUGAAGGUGAGAACGAAACUGUCUGCAUGAGUUAAUGGUCCUGGCAAAUACAGUUCAAUAGCUUAGUUUAAAAUCUGUUUAUCUUUUUGUUACGUCAUCAGAUAUUUGUUUAAUUCUGUGUAUGUUGGUUAUAGUAACAGUGGAAAAAGAUAAACAGCUUCUCGUCACAUCGGGCCGGAUUCACAAAACCUUUCCAGAGAUAAAAACCUAAAAAUAUCUGAAAAUCUAUUUAUGUCUAAAGAUAGAACUGUGAGAGGACUAUAGGAGUGUUCUGAAGUGUUCAUUACAAAAAAUAUAUUCUUAAAUAUUCUGUUCAGCUCAGUUGUUUAGAAAGUCUUAUUUUACCAGCUGACCUGUUUAUUAUUUAAGCAAAGGUAUGAAAUGUUUGCAUUACUUGUGUAAUGAGAUGUUAAUGUGCCUUAUUGUGUUCACUUUUUGUGUUAGAUGUAGAUUAGAUGUACACUCGCAUUAGAUGUACAUAAAACCUCGCAUUGGAUGGUUGGGGUUUGAUUCCCUGUUCAGUUGGGAAUACCAGCGUGACAAUCACUGCGUCUUAGUAGUCCAUUUUUUAUAAGAGUGUGUGCUAAAUACAUAGAUGUAUGAAAGAGAGAUGAGCCUCCUUUUUGGGGGAAAAAUGGACACAAAAAUGCACAUCAUGUCAACAAUCUGUGUGUGUGUGUGUAUAUAUAUGUGUGCAGGGGCAGAAUUGGUGAUAUAUAUGAUUAUGUUUUCACACUUAUCCUUUUUGAAUAGAUUUACUCUAACAGGGUUCUGAUGGACAUGUGUGCUCUAUGAUGAUCAGAGACUGUUACGGUCCACUGUAGUCCUGAGUCAUUCUGUAGUCGGAGCCGUGCUCUUAUGCCAGUAUUUGGAACCAGAGUUCCUAAUGACGCUUGACUGCAGUGGUUUAUUAUAACAGCCUCACUGGGGUCGUCCUCUAAAUGCUGACAGAUUACAG